AUGUCCCUCAGCCCGUGCGGCCCUCCCCCCGCGUGUUCUGCGCGCGUGCACGGAACGCGGCGUUGGGGCUCGAGAGGCAGAUCAACCGCUGGGUGGCGAACGUCACCCACGCGCCCCGCACGCCACCCAACGCCCUCCGGCACGCUCACGGACUGCUUCGACAACGACCCGGAUGCGACGGGCGAGUACGGGAGCUCGGGCGGGAUCCAGAUCCAGAGCCUCCUCCGCCACACCGUCUCCAAGACCAUCGCCGAGGGCAUCGUCAACGGCGUCAUCGUGACCGACUCCCCAGAGGCGACCGGCAUACACGAGCACAUCUUCUCCCGUGCGUGCCCCCCUUCUCGUGCCCUCCAUCUGCCUUGGAUCUCCCCCGCGCGCGUGCUCACCGCGCCCUACAGGCGAUCCUACCGUCGUUGCCGUCUGGCGCCGCAGACGUUCACCGCCGCCGUCGAGUCCUACUCGACCGACAUGUCCUGCUUCUUCCUCUCCGAGCACAUGCCCAACCUCCCCGACAUCCUCGGGCUCGACCUCGGCGACCUGAAGGCCCAGGGUAUGGAGAAGCCUGCGCCCUCCGCUGUUGCCGCCGGCGUCUUCGCCGUCCUCGAGGCCGCCUACGAGUUCUCGCGCAUGCUCCACGACGCGCCCUCGAGCUCGGGCGGCACCGUCGACGCCUUCUACCACGCGUUCGUGCCCUACGUCACAAGCACGGUGAACCCGCGCCAGAUCAAGCUCGUCAAGCGCUGCCACCGCACCGAGCACGGCGAGCCCAAUCGCGUCGGCGCCACCGUCUUCCCCGGGCUCGUCAAGGUCUCGCGUGCACCGCCGAACACGGGCGGGGACGUGGCCGACGCCGUCCAGGCCGUCGUCCGCCGCGCGCAGAUGAUAUGCGAGUGCGCGAUGCUCAGCACCGGGCCGCACGCUGGCGCCGUCAUGCUCUCACAGGCGACAUCUACAUUCAGAUGUGCUGGAUGCGCUGCACGUGCAUGA